UCUCUGCUGGCCAUUCAAAAGUGUGUGUUCUUUACGAAAUUGUGUUGUAAAUUCAAAAUAAAGCUAUAUAAAAUUACACAAAAAGUGCAAAAUCUGUAUAAAGUACUCGUACUCGCACAGUGAAAAUGCCUGUUGCAGAAGCUACUAAAGGCAAAGGCAGGAAGACAGCAGCCGCUGCUGCUGCCGCUGUGGCAAGGAACAAAACGAGCAAGGAGGAGGCCACCGCUAAUCCAAUGGAUCUAGACGAUGACAGCAAGAGCGACCAUGAGCAGAAAAAGGAGGUCGGGCCUGAUGAUGUCGAUGCGCAUGCAAGCACAAAGGAAAUGGCAGCCACAGACGAGCCGGAAGCAGACCCCGAACACGACGAGGACGAUGAGCCGGACAGCAACGAAAACAGCGAUCCGGAGGAGCAAGUGGAGCCGCCGGCCUUCAGUCUGGCCACACUGGGACUACAGCGCGUGGGAAGCGCCCCACCACCUAAGCCUAAGGUAACGAAGGCACCCAUUCCAACGCUGAAUGCCCGAGGAAUGCCCGCCCGAAUUCGCAAGAGAAACAAACUCUUCUACGACGAGAACAUUAUCAACGACGACAAACCGCUGCGCAUGAGCCUUGCUCCUAAGAAGAUGCCCGGUCGCCCACCCCUGGCCGCCGGGGGUCCUGGCAGCGGCUCGGGAAAGGCGCACAACACCCCCGCCAAGGUGCUCAAGAAACGUAAGGGUGUCGUCUCCCGCUACAUGCGCUCCAGCGACAAUGGAUCCAGCUCCACCUCAGUCGGCAGCCAGCAUCAGGUUACGGCAGCUGGCAACAAGAACAAGAAGACGGCAGCUAAGGGACAGGCUGGUAGGCAUACACAGUCCACACAGUCCAAAACGAACCCAUCCGGCCACAAGUCGGGCAAGAUCAGCAGUGCAACAGCCUCUGGAGGAGCGAAGGUGUCGACCGCCGCAGCUGCUGCCGUCGCCGCUGCAGAGGAGGAGGCUAGCCAGGCCCAAGCCCUGUUGGUGGCCAACAAGCGGGUGGGCCAGGCGAUCGGUCUCCGUCUGCGUAACCUACUCAAGCUGCCCAAGGCCCACAAGUGGGCCAUCGCCGAGUGGUUCUACUCAUACAUAGACAGACCGCUCUUCGACAGCCGUGAUGAGUUCUUGAACCACGUGAACGAGUUGGAUCCGCGCCUGGGAACGCGCCAGCUCAACCGGCACGAAUGGUCGACCAUACGGCGACAGAUGGGAAAGCCCAGGCGCUGCUCAGCCAACUUCUUCAGCGAGGAGCGCAAAGAGCUGGACAGGAAACGGAAGCUUAUGCGCACUCUCCAGUCGCGCAAGCCGGGAGAGCUGAAGGAUUCCGUUCUGCUGUCGGACAUGCCUGAGAAGAUCCCCAUGCCACUGCCGCUGGGCACCAAGGUGACGUCUCGGCUGCGCACCCCCCAGGACGGCAUCUUCGCUGGCACUGUCGCCGCCUACGACUCUCUGAACGCUAUGUACCGGGUAACGUUUGAGCGUCCCGGCCUGGGGACCCACGCCAUACCGGACUUUGAGAUUGUGUCGGAGAACUUUCAUGAGAUGCUGCCACUUCAUAGCUUCACCAAGGACUUCCGUCCCAACCUGAUGAGCAUAUACCAGACCAACAACAUGGGCUUCACCACGAACCUGGGCUAUACGGCGAGCCUCACCAGAACAUAUCUGCAGAAGCGUCCAUCCAGUAAUGGGAAGAAGGCAGGUGGAGGACUGUUUGGUCCUCAGAAACAUCUGGCCAGCAAUAACGCUGCUGCAAGGAACGCUCUUAGCAUGAAACUGAACAAGAGUGAUCCCCUGCUGGGGCAGGACGCCAUCGGUGAUAGUCCGAUGCGGCCGCAGCUGAUCCGAGUUCACAACUACUCGAACAAGCUGCUUGAGCAUCUUGUACACUUGGAGAAGUAUAUCUCGGUAAAGGCCGAGCGCAUCCACCGCUUAAACAAGAUGAACGCCACCGCGGAGCUAGCCAUGGGAGAGAUGCUCGGCCAAGACGAGACUGGAGAGCGCCACCGGCGCCACAUCGCCGACAACUUUCAGCGCCAGUACGCCUUCAACAUCGUCUCCAUUGAGCGCAUCAAUACCGACCUCAUGUAUGAGCUCACCAAAGUGCAAGAACUCUCCUCCACCUUGACGAGAAAUCCCAACGUCCAAGCUAUGAUCUCGCCCACGUACCUGCGGGAGCAGUGUCGGGCCAAGGCGAGCCAGACGGUGGAUGAAAUGAAUAAGGGCUUGGUGAGGAAUGAGCGCAUGGUGACGUUGCUAAAGAACCUGGCCACGCUGCUGAUGGUCACUCAGAACCUGGGCGGGGAUUGCCCUGUAAGCGAGGUCAGGCAGGUGCUCGAGGGCUGCAUGGAAGAGGUGCGCACCAACCUUGUGAGCGCCGAUAACAUGGAGGUGUUCCACAACAGCGUUCAAAUGCGGCUGGAGUUCAUUGCCUUGGACAUCACUCGGAAUCUCGAGAAGCGCAGGCACAGCCGGGCAGCUGCUGCUACUGCUGCUGCUGCUGCGGCUGCGGCUACCGAGGAUGUCAAGUCGCCGAAGACACCCAAACAGGAGGAGACCGAUGAGGACAAUGAUGCUGUUAAUGAAGGUGCUGGCGACACAUCAAAGUGCACAGUAAAUGAGGGGGAUGGAAAAACGAAGCCUGUCGUUGUAGAUGAUUCCAACAAGGCUCCAAAUAAUAGAGCUGCUGACACCACAGAAGCUAAAAAGGAGAUAAAGCAGCGGCAGCAGGAAGACAAGCUUGAUCUUAUGGAUGUGGAUAGUGGUGGACAGCAGGCAGCGGGCAAUGGCGAAGGGGAAGGCGACGUCGAAGACGAUGAGAAAAUUGACUCGGACGAGGCUGAAACUGACAAUGCAGAGCAGCAGCAGCGAGAGGAGGACCCACAGUCACCAAAUCCCGCCACCGACGACUCCCAGAUAACAAUCGAAUCGAUGAAGGAGUCUGAGGAUGAGGAGGAGAUUGAUAUGGUCGGCGUUGAGCGGCUGAACUUAGAGGAAGAAAACUCUGAAUUCCAGGAGGAAUUCAUUUACGAGAAGUAGA